ACACACACACACACACACACACACACAUUUGCUCUUUAGAAGCUUAAGCUGGAGUGUCUGUCUUCUUCUUAGCUCAUGCACAAGAUCUGCAGCUUCAGAUACAGAAAGGACAUUUUAAGGAUGAGUCACCGUUCUCGAGCCUCCAAGGUCCGGCAGCAUCUCCACUGUGACUCAUGCUACAGUCGGCGCUGUAGGGCUAGGGUGGAGGUUUCUGUGAGCUGUGCUCUUGUCCCUUGCCGUCUCCUUUGUGGAGCAGUUUUCCACCUGUGCAAAGAGGAGGAUCACCUGCUGCUCUGCCCCAAUGUGAGAGUUCCCUGCCUCAACGGCGAGUACGGCUGCCCGGUCCAGCUUCCUCGCUCCUCGCAGAAGGCUCACCUGCAGGUGUGUCCGGCCAGUGUAGUGUGCUGCUCCAUGGAGUGGAACCGCUGGCCUGUGACAACCUGUUCUCAACCAAACACAGAGCUGUUUGAAAACCUGCUCAGAGAACAAAAGCAGGAGGAAUGUCUGGACCUGGCCAUGGCUCUGAAAGACCAGGAUGCUCUGUUUCACUCCAUGAAGAUGAAGAAGCUGUUCCCAGAGCUGAUCCAGAGUGUGGAGGAGGAGGAGAGAGAAGAACAAAGGCAGGAGGAAGAGAGGAGGAAGGAGAAGGAGAAGAAGAAGAGUGUUCUUUUGGAGAAGGAAGCGGCAGAGAGGGCAGCUUCAAAGGAAGCCAGAGACAAAAUCUGGGAAGCAGUUAACAGGAUUAACGUAAAUUUCCCUGAUGAAAAACAGGAAGAGGAUGAAUAUGAGUAUGAAGCUGGGGUGGAAAGUCAGCCAAUGCUGUCUCAGGAGGAGAGGGAGGCUAUAGCCAGAGCAUCAGGAGUGGAUGCUGAUCUGUUAGUGAACUACAAUGCCUGGGAGCGCAUGUUUAGUAUGGAGAUGGGAGGCUGCAGGGAAGCUGAGGGGACAGCAGCAGCAGACAGAGGACAGGGAAGAGGGGUAGGGAAAAGCCUGGGUACACUGAAGGAGGAGGAUGAAACAGGUAGCUGUGCAGGUGCCGCAGCAACCAGCAGCAGUGCAUGCUCUGUUCCCUCCACAUCCUCCUGUCGUACUGGAAAACCUAGAAUGAAGAACUUUGUGUAUGGAAAAGUAGAGCCGAUGAAAAUCAUGACCGUGCGCACGUUUAAAGUCCCAAGCAGCUUCACAGCCAGGCAGGGUCGCAUCCGCAACCCUGGCUUCUACAAGAGAGAAAAUGAAGCUGUGGACACCAGCGACCUGGGGGUGGCACCAGGAGAGAUGCCAGUGUGGGAGGAGGUUCAGGCCUCUCUGCUGUGCUCCUUGGAGAGGGAGCAGAGGGGUCACCUCAUUGCUGAGAGCAUGUCCUCAGACAGUCUGCUGACGGAUCAAGGCACGCAGACCUACAGCUUCCUUUCCGCUCCCUUCCGCAGGAAGACCUCGCUUGCUGACCUGACAGCUGGAAAACCGCUGGAGCUGCACCUUCAGCUGCAGUUGGAGAGCGUCACCAGCCGGCACAACAAGGCCAGCUCCGCUUUCACCUUCCUCUGCGGACACACCUUCCAGCGCACGGAAUACGGCAAACAUUAUAAGAACAUUCACAGCGACAUCCAGAUGGGUGUGGACGGCUGGUUUGAACAGAGGUGCCCCCUGGCGUACCUGGGUUGUACCUACACCCAGAGGAGGUUUCGGCCCUCCACCUACGAAGCCACCGUCAGUUUCAAUGAGGAGCUGGGCUGCUUUAGCUUGCAUCCCACCGCCGCGUCCUCUCAGACUAGAGGAGGAGGUCAGGCCGAAGGAGGAGAGGACUCUCUGAGCGUGCUGCCCUAUGAGGUCUUGUGCCAUGUGGCCAGUUUUCUGGACAGCCUAUCCCUGUCCCAGCUGGCCCUGGUGUCAAGGCUCAUGAGGCAGGUCUGCUCCUCUCUGCUGCAGGAGAGAGGGAUGGUGACCCUCCACUGGGAGAGGUCAAGCUCAUCACAAGGACGAGUCAAUUGGAAGGUGACACAUAAGGUGUGGCAGUUUAGCUCCCUGUUCUCUCCUGUGGACUCCUGGGGCUUCAGAAACAUCCCGUCCAUCUCAGAACAUCUUAAAGUGUGUCACUACAAUGAGGUUGAGCGCAAGACUGAAAAAAUGUGCUUGCCACGUGCUCAAGAAGAAAUUCAAUCCAACAAGAGCUGCAAAGGUCCCACGCUGGUCACAGUGUUCCAGGAGAAGAGGAUCUUGAUGUAAGAGCUGCUGUCAGACAUCAGAUAUCUAUGGACCUUAGAUGCAUGUCAUGUUUGUUUCUCUCUCUAUUCUCUCUUUAUUAAGAAUUGAGUUUAAAUAGAUAAAGAACAUAAUCCUGAUUUUUUUGUGGUAUAAUAAUGUGACAUCUAGCACUUUAGGACGUUAAAGAAGAUUGAUGCUCUAUGUUUGAAAUAAAACUACCAAACUAA